AUGGCGGCGGGCCUGCAGCUUCGCCUGCUCCUGUGGAAGGACUACCUCAUACGAAAGAGAAAUCCGAUAACACUAGCAGGGACGCUAUGGGCGACAUUUGUUAUGCUCACCCUCUACGUGGUCAGGAUCAAUGUAGACAACGUCGAUUAUUCAACAUGUCAGUUCGCGGCGCGCGCGUUGCCAAGCGCGGGUGUACUUAAUUUCCUGCAGUCAUUCAUAUGUAACGUCAACAAUGAGUGCUCCGUUAUGGACGAGUUUGAAGAGAUACCCACCUAUGAGAAAUCAAAGUUCACUCAGCUACAUCGCCAGAUAUCUCCACUACUCAACAACGCGAGCAUUGUCGACACAGCAUCAGCUGUGCCUGAUGCUAUAAAGUUACUCGCGACUCUGUCUGACAUUGCGGACAAUCCGGUGUUCAUCAAUAUUACCAAAUAUGGAUUACGUGUACGUGACAUAUUCAGAAACCCAAAGAGAGUGAAGCGAUUCAUUUCAAAAGAGUUAAACGUUUCUGAAGAGGUCUCUGAAAGCAUUAUUCAAUCAGAAAUAGGAUUUAAAGGGAUAUUUCAAGGAAGUCUAGAAAGGUGCAAUGCGGAUUUUAUAAAAGAGACGAUAAAGAUUGAAAAUAUUGAACAUUUGAAUACAUUUGUGGACAAAUUAUGUAAAAUUGAAGAUCAAGCUGUAUCGAAUUUGAUAAAAGGCUUGCUUUUAGAAAUUGAUUUUGGCAAAUAUAUUUCAAUGGUAGGUGAAAUGUACACAAAACUAUCAGGUGAUGACAGAAUAACGAGAAUAGGAAACAUGCUGGUAGCUGUGCUGAGAAUGACAUCAUUGGAAACCUUCCUGCCUCCAGAAAUCAGUGUUAUUUUAUAUGGUCGACAACCAGACUUCAGUUACGUUAAUUUGACUAUGAUAACAAAAGUAAUGGAUUUAUUUCAACCGACUAUUGGAGUUACUGAAUCGUACAAAACACUAAGAAGUGUCGUUGACACAGCAGUCCUUGUUAUCAAAUACUUAAGCAACUUUAUAACAAAAAUCAAAGACUCAGACAAAGAAGUAACUGAUUUAGCUUUUUCCAAUGUUGAUAAAGCAUUGAAAACUAAUAAUGGAUUUAUAAAACUUUUACAUAUAUUUGAUAAUGUUUCUGAUGUCGUCACUGAGAACAACGAAACAAAUACAAACGUAUUUAAUGUUUUCUCAGGCAUCACAAACUUUAUUUUAAAAUGGCUACCUGAUAAUCACAAACACGAUGUCCUGUUUUACUCUUCACUCCUCGCCAAGCUAAUAGAGAGUGGUGAGAGAAUAGUCGACAUCAACAUGCAUAUAGAACAGAUGGCCCGUAAUGUUACCUUGCGGCAUCCCCAAGGAAUCAAAACUUUACUAGUAUUGUCACCGGAAAUAAUUAAAAAAGGAUUAGAAGCUUUGACUGAUGCUGAAAGAACACAGAUUAUUACGUCAAAGAUAAAUGAUCCCGGGCAGAUGUUCUGUGACGUAAAUCGUCUAAAAAAUUUCUUCUUAAUAUCACAAGAAGAAGCCACAGAGUUUAAAAGUCAGCUUUGUACGGACGCCUGGAAAAAUUAUGUCAAAGAUCUUCUAACCGCCUUUGGUAUCUAUGAAGUUAAGAACAAUAUAAACAGCAUGGCAUCCCUUUUUGUUCUGGAAACGUUGGGCAAGGACAUAAGCAGUGAACUGUACAGUAUAGACAAAGAUUUCGAAAUCCUGAAAAAUUUUACAGAAAGUAUUAAAAAAAUGGAACAGGAAGAGAAAGAAACAGUUGACUGGUCCAUAGUGUUUAACGUUCCAGAAGAUUCGAAGUUUUUGCAAAUUUUCAGAAACAAGACAUACCUGGGUAAACAUAUGCUGAUAACAAUCCACGGCGCUUUAGCCAAAGAGGUGGUAAAUCAAAAUCCGCUUCUGGAAUACAAAAUAUCUUCAUUCUUAAAGAACGUAAUCAUAAUGAUAAGAGCAAUGAAUGAGCAACUGGACGUGGCACCUCGGGAUCUACAGAAGAAAGCCAAAGAACUAUAUCCAGAAGUUGUAAGAACGGUUUUAGCAACAGCAUUAGAUGAGGACAAGACGUACAAGGCUUUAUCAACAUCGUGUAAAGAUAUUUUAUGUAAUGGACCUGAAAAUGCGGCUAUAUACUUAAACUUCCCGCCUAAUAGUAAUAAGGAGGUUCUGGUAGCAACGCUGUGUAACAUAAGCAACGCUAUUGAAGAUGGACUGAUGAAAGAUUCCGUUAUUGGAAAAGCGAUAACUACAAUCAAGAACAUAGAACACACGCCGUUCGAAAAAAUCAAAUGGACGCAAAUGAUAACUGGUCUGAAUAAUUUAUACGAAAAAUUAAACGAAGAUUACACAUAUUUGUUCGAAUAUAAAACAUAUGGAAUGGAUAAAGAAAUGCAGGAAGAAGUAACUGGGAUGAUGCAUGAUGCGGUAGACUUUUGGUUCAACGUUAAGAACUUAAACAGAGCUAUACAUGUUAGCAUAAAACUUGGCCUUCGUUUUCUUGAUCUCUUGGACCGUGGCAUCUUCGACAUAACAUCUGACAUUUGGCUUCAACUAAAGUUUUAUAUUGCCUCAGUCAGUGGACCGCUGUUUGUCGCAGAUGACGUAGUCCGACUUGUUGCAGGUAUUUCCAGAAAUGAAAGUACUUCAUCAAGUAUACCGCCUCUAACUGCGGUAGCUUUGCAGAAUUUUCUACCCAACAUCCCGAAAAUGAUUGUAGAUGCUGUAGACCUCAUCAAAUCUGACGUUACUGAUGUAGUACCAAUAAUUACUUUGUUGAACUCGGAACCGUACUGGCCCUGUUCCGAAAGCCUCUCGAAGUUUCUACAACUAAGCGAGGAGUCACGAAUAGGCUUAACAUCGCUGGAGAACAUAAUGUGCCUUGAUACGAAUAUGCAAGAUGAAUGGAAAGUGUAUUUAGCGGCGAGAAAUGCAACUAUGUUUAAAACUCAAAGCUGGAAUUCAACAGUGUAUACAGAGAGUCCGUUUCUAAAGUUUUCGGCUGCGUUUGAUAAUUUAGUAGAGGACUUUAACCUAGUUGAAGAAGUGUUAGAAGAUGCGUUCAACGAGUCUGAAUAUGAUCACUUAACACUUACAGCUGCUUUGAAAUAUACUGUAGAUGAAUUUAAUACUACAGAUAAGGAUACUAUCUUCAGAAAAUUCUUCACUAAAGUUGAUACAGUCCUAAAUUCGUUUAACACAUCUUCAGUCAACGAGAGUGUUCCUCUUAACACACUUUGGAAGCAGUAUUUGAACUGCACUAGGGAAGAGUACAUAAGUGACUCCUGCAAGAUGAUUGGAAGAGCUACAUGGAAACACACGCUGAAUUUCUUGUCAGUAGCUGGAGGCAAUAUGAUUAAUGACAUUUAUACAUAUUUGAAAGAAACCAAUGAAAAAAACGCUACAAUUCUGCAACUACUGGGUUUCACCAGAGGCACAGGACUAUACACAAUAUAUGAAAAGUUGCCUGACUUCAUCGCCGCGCUGAUCAAUUCCUACACAGAUCUUGGUUUCAUGAAUCAGAUACGUCGUGCAUCACAAACCACUUUCUGGGAUUGUACCGAAGUUCUGAUGUCUCUAAACCCUGGACCCGACAGUCCGAUAGACGCAUCAGUUCUCGAACAAGUCGAGCCAUUUAUUUGCCCAUCUUUACUGCACUGGCUGUCGAUGCCAACUGGAGAUAAUAAAUUGAUGGAUGUUUUCACUAAACCGCAAUAUUUUCUUUUCACGCUAGAAGCAGCUAAUUUAACAAGUACUUUCGAAGAAGCUUACACAAAAGCAAAUGCUUUAGGAAUGUUACUAAAAGACAUGGCGAAUAAGAAUAAAACAGAAUCUGAAGAUAUAAAACUAAGUACAAUGAAAGAGAAGCUAGAACGUGCUAUAGAUGCAAUAAUAUCGUAUAGGAUAAAAGAAAACGAUCCAUUUUAUAUAACUUUUAACGAAAAUAUGAAAAAAAAAUUGACGCUUGACAUUUAUUUGACUAAAGUUGUAACAAUUAUUAAUAAACUUACUACAGCUUUAGAUAAUUUGACUGUAGCAGACAUAAUUAAAGCAGAGGACGAAGAAAUAAAAAGUUUGCAAACAGAAUUAUCGAUUACUCAGAGAAAUUUUAAGAGAAGGCCGUCGGAAGCGAUUGUUUUUCAUUUCGACAUAAUAACAGAUGUAAUAUGGACUAAUAGUAAUGAUUACAAAUUUGUCGACGCCUUAAAAGAUGCUUGUGAAAGACUCAAAAACAAAGAUAAAUCUAAAGAUAUAUUAGUAGAGCUGGACAGAGUUAAAGCGCAGGUUUGUGCGAAGAAAUAUGAAGUAUUUUAUAGUGCUGUACAAAAUAUAACAAAUGACGGCUAUGGAAGCGCAAGAAAUAGUUUGCUGAAAGUAAUUGAGAUUUUGAAAUUUGAAAAUGAUAAUUUUACUGAUAUAUCUACAUUCUUCAAAGAAAGGCAAAACGUUGUGAAUUCGUUAAAGAAGUCUACUAAAUACGCAUACGAUUUGGGAAUACCAGUAUAUUUGAAAUAUUUACAAAAUAAUCUGAAGCACUUCGAUGUCGUCCUGAGUUUCUUGGCCGGAGAAGAUUGGUGGACGGAGCUGAGGCACUUGUAUACUGGUUCAAAAUCAAAUAGUUUCUUCGAUUCUGUUGAGAAUGGUUUUGAUAUAGUAGAAAACGUUCUAACCCACUUGGACAAGAUACAUCUCGUUCGUCUCCUCCACGACAUCGACUUCAACCGCACGGACGUGUUCUGCGAGAGUAGCCUGGUACUGUCUGACUACAUACCAGACCAAGGGGCUCUGUCUCAGCUGCGGGAACAGCUCUGUUCGCCUGAUCAUGACCAGCUCUUUGAGGAACUACCACCGUUAAAGUUUGCCUCGCAGGGUUACAAUGACAAUUUGAAGAUAUCUAAUGAAAUAAACUACACGGCACUUUACGAAGAUAUAUCCAACACUGAAACAAGACUGGAACAGAUUCAAAAAGGUCCGAAGUCGCCAACACUACCUCUUUGGAUAACAGAAGAGAAAUUGUCAUCACUGAAAAAUGUGACAAUGCAAAUAUUUUCUAAGGAAACUCUAAUCAAGAUGUCGUUCGGGGUACUCACUAAUAUUGUGGAUGCGGGGACUUUAUUUUUGAAUAAUAGUCAGUGCACUCUCUGUUCUGAAUUCACCACCUGGUUCAAACAGUUGAACCUCCAGCUGUACAAGAAGCAGGAGUACGACGGCUUGUUCUGCAACGUCGACCAGAUGUCUCUGCGGGAGAUACACGGCGCCCUGAAGAACGAUUUCCAUUGGGACAUGGCUAUUAGUGAGUUGAUAUCAACUCGAAACUACACAAAUUAUGAACUCAACAAAUCCUUAAAUGAACUUCUGGAGCAAAUCAAGCUGCAUUUGCUAGACGAUAUUGCUGCUAAAUCUUCCAAACUGGUGGAAUGUCUUGCGGGCAACAUUACUGGAAGUACCUUUAGACACGCUGUCCUAUUCGCCAAAGUAGUCGCAAGAACAGGCAAACUCCUUAAAGCCGAAUUGCCUCACCUCCAAGAGAUUCAUGGUUUCACCGAGUUGCCAUAUUUGAAAAAAUUGCAUUCAAGUAUUGCUCCUACACUUAACGUUAAGGAUAAUUUAUCUAAAUAUUUUGUUAAUAAGGAAGAAUUUACGACCGAUCUAGUCAAAUUAAUCAAAGAUAAGAAGUUAAUCAAUAAUAUUGAAAAUUCAGAAAUAAGUUUACUCAUGAUAGACGAAAUGCAACCAGCAUAUAAUUAUAUUUCCGUGCAAGACUACUCUUGGGAAGAAAUCUGUUUGAAUUACGACUGUAAAGCCAUCGUGUCGAUAGUGAGAAAACAUAUCAACAGAGCAUUGGUUAACUCAAAUCCCUUUAAGAAGUACUUUACUGAAAAUCACAGCCGAAAAAUACUGGUCUCGAGCACUGUUGUGUUCUUGUGGAUAAUAAAUAAUUUUAAUUGUUUUCAGCUGCCGAACCUCCAAACGAAAGAGUUCUGGCGCUUCAACUUCAUAUCCUCAAUAGUAGGUCACAUGGAGAGGAUAUUAGACCACGUAGCCAGGGUUUUAGGGGUGAUCAGCGGAGUGGACCUCCAAGGAGUAGUAGAAGGAAAAUUAGAAGCCCUACUGGAUUCGGGAAUGCAAUUAAUGAUGGAUGACACUUUGGACAGUGUGUUGUACAGUAUACGCGGGAUGCUUGAUGAAAUGAAACCUAUUCUAGAUGGAACUUCGCUGGAAUUCGACGUUACCGCAAUUGCAGAUGGGUUAAAAAUCAUUCAUAACUUCAAAAACUACUUGAUUGAUCAAGAUAUAAAAGUAAAUGUAUCACAAAUAUUCUCAAAACCGGAUCGUAUAGAAUCAGCUCUUAAUAAUAUUGGCAUCAACAACACGAACUUCUGGUCCAUCGCCGCCCCGAGGAUCCAAGCUGGCUACAUAGCCAUCAAACCGUUACUCGCGCGAAAAACGGGCACCUACCACGCCAGUGAUUUCGUGUGUCAAAUAGACGAAAUGUCCAAGGUUCUCAUCCCCGGCAACGUAGAUGUGGUGACCUUGGAUGACAUUAAUGCUGCUGUGGUGGAGCAGUUCUGUGGGUUGCAAGAUAAUCGGGUCAAGGAUAUCGUACCUAUCCUGCUGAAAAAUAUCAAUUAUGAAUUUGUUUUAGAUAAGGUUAAAUCAUUCCUCCUAGAAAAAUUAUUCGCAGCAUCAAACUUAACCCAAUCAGAAGGCGACACAGUCAUGUCCCAGUUCGGAAACAUGGCCGCCCUCGUUCCAGAAUUACAGACAACUGUUGCAAAUAUCACAGAAAGCUUGUCAAACGAGCCGUUGUUAUUACGAUUGAAGGAGAGCGCCUCGUUCCGGGAUAUCUUAGCAUCAUCAGAUUUCCUGACGGACGCAGGCAACAUGCUGUGUGGCAAGCCGUUCCACACGGACCUCAGUCGGUUCUACAAAGCUAUAGCGCGCACGCCCGACCUCGCCUCCGAACCUGACCGAAGGCAGCUAGACGCCUUACCCACUGACUUCUGCCGCUCCCUCUACCAGGACGUAAUAAGCAUGGAGGGGGGGAAGAUUGUCUGGAGCUUUGUGAAGCCCCUCAUAAUGGGCCGUGUGUUGUACACGCCCUCUGUCCCCGCCGUGCAACAAAUUAUUGAAAAGGCCAAUUCAACGUUCGCACCAAUGGUCAAAAUGGUCAAUCUGGUCCACUCCUUUGCCAACUCCUUCUCAUCCGUGGACAAAUUGAAACAACAUCGGGAUGGAUUAGAUGCUUUGAAAAACCUCAUGACAGCGCCACGAUAUGAGGAAAUACGGAAAAGCCUGAUGGGAGACGUGCAAGCACCGAAUAUAGAUAUAAACGGAACCUUUGAAGAUUUCGGUGACACUAAGGCUAUGGGUAGUUUGUUAAAGAAAGCUUCGGAUCUCUUACACUGUGUAAAUCUGGACCGAUUCAAGUCCAUGAACGACGAAGAAGAACUCAAAAUAGAAGCUGCUAAACUAACCUCAGUCAAUGAGUUUUCUGCUGGUCUCGUGUUCUUGAACGUGAAUGACUCUAAAAGCGAUGUCCUAUCAAAUAUCGAAUAUAAAAUACGAAUGGAUAUAGACAACGCGCCCACAACUAACAGACUGAAAGGCUACUUAUGGAUACCGGGCCCUGAGGCAAGUUUCCUGGAAAACAUGAGAUAUUUCCGUGGGUUUGUCCAGAUACAAGACAUCAUAGACAAGGCUAUUAUAGAACUGUCCAUGGAAAGUUCUAGACGAGUGAAGAGGGAGGUAGAAAACGAAAUGGACUGGUCUAUUUACACCCAACAGAUACCUUAUCCUUGUUAUAGACGAGAUUUCUUCCAGACCUCUUUGUACGAGUCUCAAACGCUGAUAUUGGCGUUUUUCUUCUCUUUACUAUACACCGUGUCUUCAGCUGUCAGAUUUAUUGUGUCUGAUAAGGAAACUGGCAACACCAUGUUGAUGUCAGUGAUGGGUGUCAACUUGAACUGCCACACGCUGUCCUGGUUCGUGUGGUCCUACGUCGAGGUGGUGGUCACCAUGUGCUGUAUCACCGCUGUUCUGAGUCUGGGCAACAUCUUACCACGAACUGACCCAUCCUUGAUAUUCGUCAUUUUGCUGGUGUACGGAUUUUCCGUGUUAACUUUCUGCUAUAUGAUGUCGACGCUGUUCAUGUCGGCGAGUGUCGCCGCGGUGUGUUCCGGUAUCGCGUACCUGAUCUCCUUCAUGCCAUUCGUACUUAUACUCUCGUUGGAAGCUGUGCUUAUCAGUUCACUCAAGUUAAUUGUUAGUCUGUCAAUGUCUUCGUCUCUGUGUUACGCAUUUCUAUUCAUAACGCGUUUUGAGGCUAUGGGUGUGGGGGCGAGCUGGUCGCAGAUAUGGGACGCUCCUGACAACACAAGCGACAUGAACAUCGCCAUAGCGGUUAUAAUGGUGAUCGUUGAUGGAAUUAUCUACCUUAUAGUAGGACUUAUCCUAAAUCGAUUUUUUGGAAUCAAAAGCCAGAAUAAUAUCACAACUUGUGAAGCACGAGGCGAUAAAGGUGGUGUCAGUAUUAUUAACGUGACUAAAAUAUACGACGCAAGAACACGAAGACAGAAACUAGCUCUAGAUAACGUAUCUAUAGAACUGCAGAAAGGCCAGAUCACAACGUUGCUGGGUCAUAAUGGAGCAGGAAAAACUACCCUAAUAAACAUCCUGACCGGCAUGGACCGGCCCACGCGUGGGCAGGUGCUGGUCCGCGGCGAGCACGCGGGCGCGCGGCUGGGCGUGUGCCCGCAGCGCGACGUGCUGCUCGAGAGCCUGAGCGCGCGCGAGCACGUCGCGCUGUACGCGCGGCUCAAGAGCGGGCGCGCGCGCGUGCACGACGAGGUGGACAGUAUGUUGAAAGUCUUGUGCCUCGGAGAAGUAUGCGACGUGCCAGUUGCGCAACUGUCGGGCGGCACACGUCGUCGUUUGUGCGUCGCUCUCGCUUUUGUUGCGCAACCAUCGCUUGUGUCACUUGAUGAACCGACGUCUGGAGUAGAUCCAGCUGCUCGGAGAGAUAUUUGGUCCAUGAUUAUGAGACUGCGCGAGAACCGGACAAUUCUUCUGACGACCCACCAUCUCGAUGAAGCGGAGUUGCUCAGCGAUCAGAUUAUUAUCAUGCACAAGGGUCAAAUCCACACAACCGGCACUCCGAUAGAAAUAAAAAGAUCAUUGGGCACAGGUUACAGCCUUACUGUCACGUAUCCGGAUAAGUCCAGUAGUGAAGAUACGGAGACCGAAUACGUGUCGAUAGAAGAGAGGACAAAAGACUUGUUAACGGUGACCAGAAGUGUGAUCAAGAACGCUAACCUGGUUGAUGUGAAUGGUUUGGAAGUGGAAAUAAAUCUUCCAUUUUACGAUGUUGAUGGAGUCAGUAACAAUUUCCUGGAAGUGUGCAGUGCGUUGGAACAUUCUCGUGAAGUGCUCGGAUACCGCAGCCUCGCUCUGGACUGCAGUAGUCUGGAGCAAGUGUUCUUCAACAUCUGCAGGCGAGCUGACGCUACAGACUGUGAGACAACGGAUAUGUCAACAGUCCCUGAGUCCUCGUCCAACAGCGCUUCGACGUUAAGCAUUAAAAAUGAUCAAAUACCACUGGUUCCUCCCGAUGGGCCCCUCAAGGGCUCAGUCUGGCAGCAGUUUGUAGCGAUAAUGUAUGCGAGGUAUCUGCACUACAUAAGAAACAGAUUGUUAUUGUUCCUCCUGAUAGGUUUACCAACUUUAUUUAUCGCUAUUGCAAUGGGUUUCUCGACGAUCCGACCGCCCGCGGACAACGAAAUAGCGUUAAAGUUGUCCAGAGACACUUAUGAAGGAUCCACUCAGUUUUUAAUGUAACCAUCUGUAUAUUCUAAAACUAUUGAUCCAAGCCUAGCUCGGCAAGUCAUGGAAGCGUUACAGCAAGACAAAAUGUUUAGAAAUUGGACGAGUAAAGACUCACCGACGUGUAAGUGCGUGGACUCAGUCCAACAGUGUGAACACAAUGAAGAUACAGAAUGGGACCGACCAGAGCUGAUGGUACUACCAGAUGUGAACACUCUCAAUAACUGGCUGAUUACUUCACAAGAACUUUAUAUUGAAAAACGAUACGGAGGCUUCACAUCGGUGAUUAAGAACAACAUCACCUACUUUGUGGCCUGGUACAACAACAAGGGCUACCACGCGCUACCGUCCUUCAUCAAUCAAGUCAAUUCGGCUGUGCUGAAGGUGGUCUCCGGCAACCAGGCCGCCAACAUUACCGUAUACUCGCAUCCUCUCAAGAUAUCUAAGGAACCGCUGAAUAAGGAUACCGUCUACCAGCACAUCGCGGACGCGGGCAUCUCGGGCAUGCUGCUGAUCGCGUACUCGCUGGCGGGCGCGGGCGGCGCGCUGUACGCCGUGCGCGCGCGCCGCGACCGCCGCGCCGCGCUGCUGCGGCUCUGCGCCGCGCGCCCGCUGCUGCGCUGCGCCGCCGCCGCGCUGUGGGACGUCGGGAUAAUUGCUAUCAACAUAGUGAUCACGGCCAUCAUACUAAAGUUAUUCAACUUUCCCGUUUUCGUGGAGAGGAACAAUCUCCCAGCUAUCUGCAUACUUAUAUUGCUUUAUGGCUACGCCUGUACAAGUCUGGUGCAAGUAUUGGAGCGAGCGUUCACUGAAGCAAGUUUGGCUAACAUGAUACUGUUCUGCGGAAACGCCUUCGUAGGCCUAGCUGGGAUCACCAUACUGCUCAUUCUAGAUAUCAUCUCCGAAUCUGAGGCAACCGACAACGCGAGGCGGGUGCUGCAUAAAAUCUUCAUGCUGAGUCCGCAGUUCACGCUUGGAGAUGGCCUCCUUGAAAUCGCAAAGAAUACAAUACAGGCGCAGGUGUUAGUCCAGUUUGGUAUGGACACUUACCGCGAUCCCUUCAAACAGAACGUGCUGGGCUACCACUACCUCGCACUGUGCCUCGUCGGCACCGCGCUAUUCCUGCUCAGCUUGGCAAUCGAAUGCAACUACUUCGAUGCUAUAAUUGUCAGGUUAGUUUUUAUAUAUUUAUCUAUAAAUUUAGUAAUAACCGUUAUCGUAUGUUAUAUUAUGAGGAUUCGAUCGAAAUUUGUGCUCUAUUACCUAUCGAUUUGCGUUGAUGAGAUACAUUGUAAACUACAACGCAAGGCGCGCAGCCCGGAGCCGCGGGGCGAGGCGCCGGCCGACGUGCGCGCGGAGGACGAGCGCGUGCGCGGCCAGCUGCGGCCGCUGCGGCUGCGGACCCUCGGGAACAUCAACGCCGGUUUCACGGACUCCUCGGACCUCUCCUCCCUGAAGACGUCCAGCUGGCGGCCCGCGGCCGCGGGCGCUCGCGACGUGUGCGCGGCGCUGCGGCUGCGGCGCGUGUACGGGGCGCGCGUGGCGCUGCACGAGCUGACGCUGGGCGUGCCGCCGGGCCAGCUCUCACUCUUGUUCACUUAUCACUUGUUCGCUCGCGACGUGUGCGCGGCGCUGCGGCUGCGGCGCGUGUACGGGGCGCGCGUGGCGCUGCACGAGCUGACGCUGGGCGUGCCGCCGGGCCAGCUCUCACUCUUGUUCACUUAUCACUUGUUCGCUCGCGACGUGUGCGCGGCGCUGCGGCUGCGGCGCGUGUACGGGGCGCGCGUGGCGCUGCACGAGCUGACGCUGGGCGUGCCGCCGGGCCAGCUCUCACUCUUGUUCACUUAUCACUUGUUCGCUCGCGACGUGUGCGCGGCGCUGCGGCUGCGGCGCGUGUACGGGGCGCGCGUGGCGCUGCACGAGCUGACGCUGGGCGUGCCGCCGGGCCAGCUCUCACUCUUGUUCACUUAUCACUUGUUCGCUCGCGACGUGUGCGCGGCGCUGCGGCUGCGGCGCGUGUACGGGGCGCGCGUGGCGCUGCACGAGCUGACGCUGGGCGUGCCGCCGGGCCAGCUCUCACUCUUGUUCACUUAUCACUUGUUCGCUCGCGACGUGUGCGCGGCGCUGCGGCUGCGGCGCGUGUACGGGGCGCGCGUGGCGCUGCACGAGCUGACGCUGGGCGUGCCGCCGGGCCAGCUCUCACUCUUGUUCACUUAUCACUUGUUCGCUCGCGACGUGUGCGCGGCGCUGCGGCUGCGGCGCGUGUACGGGGCGCGCGUGGCGCUGCACGAGCUGACGCUGGGCGUGCCGCCGGGCCAGCUCUCACUCUUGUUCACUUAUCACUUGUUCGCUCGCGACGUGUGCGCGGCGCUGCGGCUGCGGCGCGUGUACGGGGCGCGCGUGGCGCUGCACGAGCUGACGCUGGGCGUGCCGCCGGGCCAGCUCUCACUCUUGUUCACUUAUCACUUGUUCGCUCGCGACGUGUGCGCGGCGCUGCGGCUGCGGCGCGUGUACGGGGCGCGCGUGGCGCUGCACGAGCUGACGCUGGGCGUGCCGCCGGGCCAGCUCUCACUCUUGUUCACUUAUCACUUGUUCGCUCGCGACGUGUGCGCGGCGCUGCGGCUGCGGCGCGUGUACGGGGCGCGCGUGGCGCUGCACGAGCUGACGCUGGGCGUGCCGCCGGGCCAGCCCUCACUCUUGUUCACUUAUCACUUGUUCGCUCGCGACGUGUGCGCGGCGCUGCGGCUGCGGCGCGUGUACGGGGCGCGCGUGGCGCUGCACGAGCUGACGCUGGGCGUGCCGCCGGGCCAGCUCUCACUCUUGUUCACUUAUCACUUGUUCGCUCGCGACGUGUGCGCGGCGCUGCGGCUGCGGCGCGUGUACGGGGCGCGCGUGGCGCUGCACGAGCUGACGCUGGGCGUGCCGCCGGGCCAGCUCUCACUCUUGUUCACUUAUCACUUGUUCGCUCGCGACGUGUGCGCGGCGCUGCGGCUGCGGCGCGUGUACGGGGCGCGCGUGGCGCUGCACGAGCUGACGCUGGGCGUGCUGCCGGGCCAGCUCUCACUCUUGUUCACUUAUCACUUGUUCGCUCGCGACGUGUGCGCGGCGCUGCGGCUGCGGCGCGUGUACGGGGCGCGCGUGGCGCUGCACGAGCUGACGCUGGGCGUGCCGCCGGGCCAGCUCUCACUCUUGUUCACUUAUCACUUGUUCGCUCGCGACGUGUGCGCGGCGCUGCGGCUGCGGCGCGUGUACGGGGCGCGCGUGGCGCUGCACGAGCUGACGCUGGGCGUGCCGCCGGGCCAGCUCUCACUCUUGUUCACUUAUCACUUGUUCGCUCGCGACGUGUGCGCGGCGCUGCGGCUGCGGCGCGUGUACGGGGCGCGCGUGGCGCUGCACGAGCUGACGCUGGGCGUGCCGCCGGGCCAGCUCUCACUCUUGUUCACUUAUCACUUGUUCGCUCGCGACGUGUGCGCGGCGCUGCGGCUGCGGCGCGUGUACGGGGCGCGCGUGGCGCUGCACGAGCUGACGCUGGGCGUGCCGCCGGGCCAGCUCUCACUCUUGUUCACUUAUCACUUGUUCGCUCGCGACGUGUGCGCGGCGCUGCGGCUGCGGCGCGUGUACGGGGCGCGCGUGGCGCUGCACGAGCUGACGCUGGGCGUGCCGCCGGGCCAGUGUACAGCGCUACUGGGUGAAAACGGAGCGGGAAAAUCGACAACGUUCUCAUUGCUGACGGGAGAAAUCCGACCGACGUCCGGACAGAUAUACCUCCUCGGUCAGAAAGUUAGCACGAGGGAGUUAAGCCAGGGUUUAAUCAGUUACUGCCCGCAAAGUGACGCGAUCGACCCUCUCCUAACCGUUAGAGAAACGCUCGUAUUGUACUGUAUGUUACGAGGAAUUGAUGACAGAGAUGAAGUAAUUCGACGUACAUUAGAAUGCUUCGAGUUAGUGAAAUAUUCAGACGUUUUCACGGGCGCUCUAAGCGGCGGCAAUAAGCGGAAGCUUUGUACCGCCAUUGCUUUCAUGGGACGAUCGCCUCUUGUACUUCUCGACGAACCCACCAGCGGCAUGGACCCCGUGUCGCGGCGCUGCGUGUCGGCGGCCGGGCGGCGCGCGGCGGGCGCCGGGCGCGCCGCGCUGCUCGCCACGCACGCGCUGGGCGACGCGCGCCGCCUCGCCGCGCGGGUGGCGCUGCUGCGGGCGGGCCGCCUGCACGCGCUGGGCGGCCUCGACGACUGCCUGCGGCGGUUCGGCGGCGGCUACGCGGUGUCGUGCGUGGUGCGCGCGGGCACGGCCCACUCGGCGUGGGCGCGCGUGUCGCGGCGCGCCCCCCCCGCUCGGCUGCGCGUGCUGCACCGCGCCGCGCUGCACUUCCUGCUGCCGCUGCGCGCCGCGGUGAACGGCAAGGAAGUAGAAACAAAAUUGAGUGACGUAUUCCGGUUGCUAGCGGAAUUGCAAAUGAGCUGCGACAUUGAAGACUACACAGUUAACCAAAGCUCGCUCGAUCAGAUGUUCCUAAGCUAUAAUAAUAAGACGAGUAUAAUGGAUCCAAUUGACGAAUCAACGGAAACGCCUCGCCUGCUCAGAAGAAACAGCGAAGAGCUGGACAGCGUCACCUCACUGUGAUAUCUUAAAAGAUAGAUAUGGUCUUAAUAAUCCUAAAAAUAUUCCGUUCUGGAAAAACUUUAUAGUUACCCAAAAAAUUUAAGUGCAUUCUGCCAACAAUGACACGUAAAAUCUAAGAUUAACGAUCCUGUGUUAUUUAAACGUAAUAUGUUUCUAAAUCAUCUGUGCUCAUUUGGCACUAUUGAAAGUCAUUAUCCCUAAAGAAGAAGAAGAUAUUUAAACGGAAAGGAAAAAGACUAGGAGCAAGCUUAAUAAUUUUUAUAAAAAUUAUUUAUCAAA